UUCUGGUGAUCCUCUUGCACACAAACAUGGUCAACACGUUCUUUUUCUUUCUGGGACUGGCGAUGCUCGCUCGAGGGGCAGUGGUGCCUGCCGUGCCAGCGGCAGCAGCGGUGGUGCCUCUGGCGAAGCUGGAGGAGUUCGAUCCAGCGCCACAGUACAGCUUCGCGUAUGACGUGCAGGAUGCGGUGACCGGUGACUCGAAGGCUCAGUAUGAGACCCGCAACGGCGAUAUCGUACGCGGCAGUUAUAGUCUGAUCGAGGCCGACGGUACGCGUCGCAUUGUCGAAUACACCGCGGACCCGAUCAACGGCUUCAACGCGAUUGUCAGCAGAGAACCAGUGAUUGCCGCGAUCGCCGCACCAGUAUUACCGCUCAGACCGGCCGCGUUGACUCCAAUUACCAUACCGACAGCAUCCGCCGCUGCCCCGGCACCGUCGAUUCCUGCCGUCGGGCCCGAUUCCGAUGUCGAGGUACUCGAUACCCGGUCGGGUCCCUUAAAAGCGAAACCAACGACGCGCGAGCAAGAGAUCCAACGUCAACAGUUGCAACAGUUGCAGCGGCUGCAGGAGCAACAGCACCAGCAACAAGAGCAACAGCAGCUGCGACAAUUGCAGCAGCUGCAGGAGCAGCAGAGACGGUCGUCGAAAUUACAGAUUCAACAUCAUCAACCACAAGAGCAGCAGCAGGAACAACAGACCGCGCAACAAUCCACACGAAUUGUCGGAUCAACGGCUGGACAAAUCGAGCGACAACAAGUCGCGAAUCCCCAAUUGAUCGGUCUUCCAGCUGCUGCCAGGGCGAUAGCCACGUAUCCCACUUACCCUUACGCCGCGUAUAGCGCCGCGUACUCUUCGCCGUUCGCUUACACUGCACCCCUCAACGGCCUGACUUAUACCCCCGCCGCCGCAUUGACGUAAAUCCACUCGUAUCUACCUCGAAUUAUUAUUUCUCCGCACGGAAAAAAAUAAAUAAAUAAAUUGGGUGGUGCAGCAAACCUAUAACUUACUGCGCGAAUUCAACAUCUAUAAUUAAGAAGGUUUAACAAAUCGUUAUAAUGUUAUUAUAUACAAGCUAUAUAUACAAGCUGUCAACUUUGUUACUUUGUUACAUAGAAAAUUGAUUGUUUUGUAUAUUACGACUGUAGAUUUGCUGAAUCAGUAAAGUUUUCAGCUGUGUUUUUUUUCCAUGCGUAUUAUUUGUUAAGAUUAUU